AGGUAGUGCAUUAGGAGUGUUUGCGUGAGACCUCAGUGAACACAACGAUCCGAGUGCGGAGCCGGACGAAAUUAACCGGGAACGGGAGAUUUUGAAACUUUUUUUUUUCUUUCUCUUUCCUCCUGUGCGAUCGGGACCAUCCCAACCUCUCUCUCUCUCUCUCUCUCUCUCUCUCUCUCUCUCUCUCUCUCUCUCAGAUUUGGGAUCAGAUCUUUCCAAAGACACACGCGCAAUUGGCGUCGGUGUCAUUUUACGCGUUAACCGGAGGGACCUUGGAUAAGAGCGCGGGGGGGAGAGAGAACUCGCCGGGAUGUUUUUACGCAACUUUGAACGUUCCUCUAAAGUUCAGUCCGUGAUGUUGGGAUUUCUGCUGGGUCUCUAGCUAUGAGCUCUGGAUAUGGGUCUGUGUCUGGGCUCAGAGGUGACAGAGGAGGGAAAGAAGGCGAAGAUUCACAGCUCGCAGAUUGACAGAGACCUGUACGAGUACGCCAAGACAGAGAUGAACGUGGUGAAGAUCCUCAUGCUGGGCGCUGCAGAAAGUGGGAAAAGUACGCUGGUCAAACAGAUGAAGAUUAUCCACAGUCAUGGAUUCACCAAGCAAGAGCUAGCCAGCUUUAAGCCUGCAGUGCUGGAUAACCUCCUGACCUCUAUGAAGUUUGUCCUCCACGGAAUGGGCGUCCUUCGCAUUAAUCUCUCUAACAGCAAGAACAAGGUCCACGCUCACUCCGUUCUCUCGUGCGGACGCUGCUUCGACGAAGACCAGAUGCUGUUCCCGUUCAUAGGCCACGCCCUCUGCUGCUUGUGGGCGGAUCAGGGGGUGCGGUCAGCAGCGGCGCGAGGAUACGAGUAUGAACUCAAUGACUCCGCCCUAUAUUUUUUCGAGAACAUGGGCAGGAUCAUCGACCCCGAUUACAUGCCGACAGAAACGGACGUUUUACGAGUCCGACUGAGAACCACAGGUGUGAUCGAGACGCAGUUCAAAGUCAAGCACCUGGUCUUCAGAAUGUAUGACGUCGGGGGCCAGAGGACGGAGAGGAGGAAGUGGAUCAGCUGUUUCGAGGACGUGAGGGCCGUGCUGUUCGUCGUCUCUCUGAGUGGAUACGACAUGACGUUAGUAGAAGAUCCGUCUAUGAAUCGACUGCAGGAGAGUCUCAAGCUGUUCUCGUCAAUCUGCAAUAACGUCUUCUUCAGAAGUACUUCAAUGAUAUUAUUCAUGAACAAGAUCGAUCUUUUCCAAGAGAAGAUUCUCCACUCCGGGCGUCACCUGCGGCAUUACCUUCCUCAGUUCAGAGGAGCCGACUGUGACGUGGACGCCGCCGCCCGGUUCCUCGCCUCCAUGUUCGUAUCCCUCAACACAACCCCCAGCAAGCUCAUCUACCACCACUUCACCACGGCCACGGACACCUCCAACGUGCAGGUGGUCUUCCAGGUCGUCAUGGACACCAUCAUCAAGGAGAACCUGGAGGCCGUGUCUCUGCUCUGAGAGCCGUUCCUCUUUUAAAAACUCAAAGGCUCGCGGAUGAGCCCUUCACGAUGCUGGUGGUAUUUAUUGAAAGCGAUGCUCUGACUCGGGAUGCGCGCUUUUCCCCCGAAGCGAUAAAUGCCGGUUUAUUUUCUUCUCACAGAUUGAAAAAAAAAAAGACCAAGUGUCUGAUAACAACGGCGUAAUCGACACGUAUGAGUUGUGGAAGUGUAUAAUGUGGAUUUGAAGGGUAUAUUAUGCUGUCCUUCGAGUGGUCGAGUUGCUCGUCCAAGCAUCCAAUAAUUUUCCACCUGACAUCCCUCACUUCCUGUGUGUACGUUAUACCAUGGUUAAUCAUCACUUAUAAAAUAACCUUUUCCUCCUGUGUAAAUCUUUGUCCAACAUUCAGAGAUUGAACACCCUGUCAGGGUCCAGAGUGUUGUUUUUGGUGUGUGUGUGUGUGUGUGUGUGUGUGUGUGUGUGUGUGUGUGUGUGUGUGUGUGUGUGUGUUAUUUGUGUGUGCUUUGACUUGUUUGGCGAUCCAGCACUUUUAUAGUCGUUGAGUCUCGGCGAUUCAAUCUGAGGUGAGCUGAACGCGCACACACACACACACACACACACACACACACACACACACACACAUCUACAUGAAGCAUCAUGGCACCUGCAGCAAACCGUAAAUGCAUUUGAAAUAAUGUCACUUUAUUCAGUUGCUGUGCAUUUUGGCUAUUUAGAUGCUGUACGUCGUGCCACUUUUCACGCAACUCUUUCGUAAAUGCCAAAAGAAAACCGGCCACUGUGAAUAGAAACGUCAUUAAAAACCAACAUUGAUCUUU